AAGGUCCGGAGACACUCAUUUGAUGUCACGCUGUUCUCUUGUGUUGAACCAAAGAAGAAUAGAAAAACAUGGGAAUGCCAGUAGUUUCCAUAAUUUGUGCUCCCCAAAUCACCUUCGUUCCCAAUUCCAUCUCAUCCGUUCCUUCAAUUAAGGCACGUAAUCACCCUUCUCUAACAAUCUCCAGCUGUGGGUUGUUGAUAGAAUGUUCAUCGAGGCCGCAGAAGAAGGCAACCAAGCAUCAUAUGAAGACGAGGCCACGCAAGACGCAGCAAUGGGACGUAAGGAGGAAACCCACAGUUUACGCUCCUUUACCUCCGCUCCCUCCUGAUUGGACCCUUGUUUCAAGCGGCGUCGACAAUGAUAAUGCCCAGGUUGCUGAGGCUGCUCUCGCUGCUUCUGCUCUAGAGGCACCUGCUUCAACUGGGUAGUUUCUUCUUCAUCUAUUGCUUCUCUGGGUUUUUGAAAUGUACUCUGAUGAACAUCUAUGUAUGUCUUUGGACCUUGAUUUCGAGGUGGAUUUGCCCUUCAAUUUAGUUUCGGUUAUUUUUCAAAAUUAUGCGUUUUCAU